AUGCCCUCAAUCUCCGUCCAAGCCCGACUGUUGCUGGUAAUCGCGGUAUCGACCUGUUUCCUCAUCACAGAGCUGGCUGUUGGAUUCAAGACCCAUUCUCUCGCCCUCAUCGCUGACGCCUUUCACUACACGGGUGAUCUCCUAUCGUUCGUCAUAGCAUACCUCGCGCAAAAGCAUGCAUCUGCAUUGGGGCGGGACGUGAUCCCUGAAGAGACGGGCAGCGAACUCGAGGCCGCCGAAAACCGCACCGCAAUUAUCCGGAUCGACCAGAAGGAUGGACGCCACGUCCUGCCUCUGCUCGCGGCGUUUUUCAACAGCGUCUUCCUGCUGGCCCUGGGGCUGGCCAUCUUCCUGCAGGGCCUUGAGAAGUUUGUCCAUCUUGAUGGCUGUGUCGGUAUCUUAACCAACGUAGUUUGUGCCUGUAUUCUCGGGGCGGACGGUCAUCAUCACCACGGCCACAGCCAUGGACACAGUCACGGUCACAGCCACGAGCAUGAGCAUGAUCACACACACGCUCACUCUCAUGAACACCAUCACGAUUUAAGAAGUGAUGAAGAGAAGCUCUCCCAUGGAACCGCGCUUUCAAUGAAAGCAGUGCUUCUCCACGUCGCCGCUGACGCCCUCAACAACCUGGCCGUGAUAAUAUCGGCGGCCAUCAUCUGGAAGGUCCCGUCCCAGGACCACCCUGAAGACCGGCCCCAUCACGACUCAGAGCACAACCACUAUGGCAGCCCUCAUGCAAAGUACUAUGCUGAUCCAGCAUGUACGGUCUUCAUCGCCAUCUUAAUCAUGGCCAGUACCGGUCCAGUGGUACUGCAGUCUGGUCGGGCGCUGGUCGCUGCUGCAACUGGAACAAGCGUCAAGGAAAUACUGUCCGAUACACCAUCCGAUACACCAUCCGAUACACCAUCCACGGAGGUCAAAGAGGUAAAAAAAGAGGCAAAGCAUAAGGAGUAG